GAGGCUGCAGCGGGGAUUGGUGCAGGAUCCGUGAGAUCCACCCCGACACUCACACGGUGCACACAGAGGCGCCGCUGCACAGAGGAACUAAAAUGGCUGAACCAGAGGGAAGCGAGCUAACUUCAGCUGGCAUUUUCCAGGAGAUCUUCACCUCCCCGCUGAACCUGACCCUGCUCAGCCUCUGCUUGUUCCUGCUCUACAAGAUCUUCCGCGGGGACAAAGCGCCGGAUGUCGGGGAGGUGGAGCAGCCGCUGCCGAAGCUGAAGAAGAGGGACUUCACCCUGGCGGAGCUGAAGCCCUACGAUGGGCUGCAGGACCCGAGGAUCCUCAUGGCCGUCAACGGAAAAGUGUUCGACGUGACGCGGGGGAAGAAGUUUUACGGGCCAGAGGGACCGUAUGGUGUGUUUGCUGGCAGAGAUGCUUCCAGAGGUCUGGCUACAUUCUGCCUGGAGAAGGACGCCCUGAAGGAUGAACAUGACGACCUAUCUGAUCUGAACGCCAUGCAGCAGGAGAGCCUCUCUGAGUGGGAGGCUCAGUUCACAUUUAAGUAUGACUACAUCGGCAAGCUUCUGAAACCGGGAGAGGACCCCUCAGAGUACACAGACGACGAGGAAGGAAAAGACAAGAAGUCGGACUAGAACAAAAAAAUGUGACCAAGUGGGAAAGAUGAUAGAUGCCUUAAUGUUUGAAUUCAAUGCUGGUUGCUUCCUGUUGGGGCCAUUCAGAGAGAACUCCAUCUUCUUUGAUAUGCAUUCUAGUGUUUAUGGAUCAUGACAAUCCUGGAUUUGAUAUGCCGGCUCCAUUCAUCUCCAUGUAAAGUUAUGUGAAGGUUUGAUGGCAUAAGUGGUUAAGUAUACGGCUUUCUGAUGAAGAUAUGAGCACGCUGUCAGAGCUCAGAUUAGGUAAUGUAAAUAUGAAGCUGCUGAUGGUUAAAUGUUUGGCAGGUUGAAGUUAGUUAGUCUCAAGUAAGAGAUCUGCUUUGUUCGGCUCGCAUCAAUAUCAGCCCUUCACAUCAGUUUCAUCAUCCCACAUCCACAGCUUUGGCGUACACUUUAAUAUGGCUGCGGUUUUGUUGCAAUUUGUACACAUUCCUUACAUCCUGUCAUUCAUCUGGCUCAGUUUGCUUGGAAAUUAAUGAUCUCAGGAGGUAUUUUGAUUCAACAUUAGGGCAAAUAUGAAUGCAGAUAUUAUGGUUUAUUCUCUAUUUGUGUCUAAUCUGAGUAUAGUCAUGCUAACUUUGCCAUUGCCACUUCUGUAGAGAUAUAGGGAAUUACAAAUUUGAAACAAAAAUACAGAAAACAAAGUUUAUCAGAUCAAGCAGCACAAGCUCCUUAAAACUUACCGAAUAAACUUUUGUUUCACAGAAUUAAUUUCAAACGCUGAUUUCUGUUGAGAACAUUUCUAAACUAAACCUGACAUUUCAUUCUGUGAGUUUAGUGUUUCUCACAGUGACAACCCAGGUUGUUAGUCUUGGAUUUUGAACUCCCCAUUGGGCAAUGAAAGUAACGUGCAAUGAUUUUGUCAAAAUAAAAAUCAUCCACAGAAUUGGCUUCAGUAAGGUGACAAGAUAGUUUCUGAAGAUAAUUAGAUAACAGAUAAAACUGUUAUCGAUAAUCACAUCUUUUUUCAGCAAUAUGUUAAAGUGCUAGCUGGAGUUCAAGGCUGCAAAAAAUAGAACAGCCUGUUGCCACUUUCCAUUCAAACAAAUUCAAUGAGGGAACAUCUACACUAUGUAUGUACAUACAUAAAGUACUAUACUGUCAGACUGUUAUAAUCCUGACUGAUGUUUUUGGUUUAAUAAAGAAAAGUACAAAAGGA